AUGAAUCCUACCCCGGUCCCAGAGGCAGAAGACCAGGAGAGGCUACCUCUCAUUGAGAAGUUGGCCAAGCUUCUUGAGCUUGGCCAAGUUGACCCGGCCACAUGGGCUUGUUUUUGGCUGGCGGACGUCUCGAAAUUGCAAGAUCUGGUUAAAAAGGCUGAAGAUGGGGAUGCAUACAUUUUGCUCUUUAGCCAUUCCGGUCCACACAAUGAUCAUCUCGCCAAGUUGUGGUCCGCACGUGGCCGAUCCGUCCGACCUUCGGUUGUUCCGAAGUCUCGGAGGUCAUCGAAAAUCCCUCGGCGGGACCGGUCCAAAUCGCCCGCAAAAGCUUCUCAGCCAAGCAAAACGAUCGCUCCUGGAGGCCCACGUCUCCUCCCAGUUCACCAACUGCGCUCAGAUCCUGCCAAAAAAGCCUGCAAAAAGCGCGACAAUGAAUUCUGCGUUAUCACCCAUUCUGAUCCCGGAAUUGAAGUCGCCCACAUCUAUCCAUACGCCUUGGGACAGAAUGAGGGAACUCCUGAGCAGACUAGAUUCUGGGCAAAUUUACGAUUGUUCUGGGAUGAUACGAAGAUCGCCAAUUGGAAGAAUGCGCUGGCUAGAGACGGCACUGAAACUUGUGCCAACAUGCUGUGCCUCACGCCGGAUGCGCAUAGACUAUGGGGACAGGGUUGCUUCUCGUUAGAGCCUAUUGAGCUCAGCGAAGAUGAGAAGACGCUGACCACCCGCUUUUGGUGGUUCCCUCGGAAGACAUCUGAUGACUCCGUUCGUCUUCUUACCCCCCCAGAUGUGCCCGCCGAUCUUACAGGCACUGGCCGGGCCACGCUCUUCGACCUUGCGACUACGCGACUGAUUUGCUCCGGUGACUGCAUUGUCAUGCGUACUGAAGAUCCUGACAACCUCCCCCUCCCAUCGAUGCACCUGCUUCAGCUGCAGUGGAUCCUUAAUCGAGUUGUCGGUCUGAGCGGAGCCGCCGAAGAAUUUCUUUGGGACUCGGAUGACGUUGAUUCAGAGCUGGAGGAGGAACUGGAGGAGAAUCUGGAAGAAGAGGAGCUGAAGAAGGAGAAGAAGUUGGUGCUGCGGCCUCGACAUGACCUCCCCCGGCCGGUGAAAACGCCCCGCCCCCGUCUCUCCCCCAUCCAAGUCUUGAAGGCAAGGCCCCACAGGCCCAGCAGAAUCUGCCACUGUUGGGUGCUCGCAAUCCAAAUGUCUGGCGCGGGGUGUAGAGCUCGAGAUUAUUGA